GUAGAGCCAUUUUUGAGAUCAGCGUCUGCUCAUGAAGAGGUAUCGUAAAAAGGACUUUGAAGUGACCUCAUUCAGACACAGGACUUUUAAAUGUACUUUUUAUACAAACAUACAAAUCAUUUGACCGUUUAGUGCCAUGAGGUCAACAAAAAGUUUGUCACAUCAAAUAUUAAGAAUUGAUUACUUACAAGAUGUGUCGACAGCACACAAACAUAGAUAGAUUGCCCCUUUGACCUUAUAAAAAAAAAACUCAAGGACUCUCACCCAGCUUUCAGACAUGUUCAGGUUGAGACUUUCAUGGCAUUGACCUUAUAAAAAUAACACCUUGGGCUGGAUUUGGUUUUGGUGCGACAAGGUGAUCUCUACUGCCACUAGAUUCCUAGUGAAAGGUGCCUUGAGAGAAACAUGGUUUUGUUAUUACUGGAGCAUCUGAGAAGAAAAAGAAAGAAAGAAUACUCCUUGUUGUUACAUAAGAUAUUAUCAAACUAGAACCUUGGAAUUGAACUUAUCCAAACCCUAUCUAUACCUUCUAAAAUAUACACCAGGACACAUCUUGGCUUCAGUGAAGUGUUUUCUUCUCCUGUCCAUUUGUAAUAGACAUCAAUGACCUUUAGAGUUUUGAAUGACAAAUAAGGUCAUGCUCAAGUUGGCUGUUAAUAUCUUGUUUGCUAAAACCAAUUUCUCAGGAUUAAAGAAACAGCCUAGUUUAAGGGGAAUAAAAGAAACAGCCUAAAAAAACAACAACAAAAGGUUAUCUAAGGGAAAGAAAUCUGCACUUACAACCAUAUCUCUAUAAUGUAGAAAUUAUUUCCAAAUCAAACAAAAAUACUUAAUUACCAAUGAUUACUUGACUAAUUGGUUAAUUUCUUGAUUAAUUCAUGGUUUGUUAGGUUCAAUAAAUAAUAGUUGAAAGGUUCAACAUGAUCUGAGAAUGGGUGUGCAAGAAAUAAGGUGUACAAUGAUCUAAGGGAUCUGUGAAUACUGAAGGAUUAAUCAAUUAAUUAAUAUACCUUGUUGGCAUAAAAAAACUAUAUUACCAGUAAUGGAUUGACUAAUUAGUUCAUUUUUUUAUUGAUUCAUGUAUUGAUGUAUUUUCUACACCAUUGAAUAAUUGUGCGAGUUUUCAACUUGCAACUUGAUCGUAGAAUGGUUGUGGGAGAAAAAAUGUGCACAAACUUUUUACCAUGACCGACAGACAUAGUGAGCUGAUAUAAGCUUUGCAAUUAAAGAAAAGCCAAGCUUAAGGAGAAUAAGAAAGAAAAGACCAUGCCAAACAAACUGGACAGUAUUUACUUCCUCCCCCGCAAAGAGCAAUCUACAAUCUUUCAACUAAGAACAGGACACACACCUCUGUUAAAUUACCAUCUUAACAACAUAAAUCCCACACACCUACCCACCUACCCUUAUGAAAUUGUAAACCACAUCCUCUUUCAAUGCCCCUUCCAAAUCCAACUUAGGCAUUCCUACCACAACAGCCCGACAUAACCAACUCUGUUUACUGAAGAGAACAGCACACUAUUUUUACUUGGCACAGUCUCUGCAAAAGAGCUCACAGCUCAGCAUCAAAAAGUUGUCUUGAAGAAGAAGAAGGAGAAUAAAAUGAAGUUUAAGGUCCAAAGAAAUAGCCAUAUUUGAAGGUCUAAAGAAACAGCCACUAUUAAGGAGCAUAAAGAAACAGCCUUAAUAGUGGUGCAAGUUGUCAAACUGUCAGUUUCAAUGUAACUUGGAUGUUCAUCAAAAAUAGAGAAAAGCUUUUCUAAAUUUCUUGGCUAGAGAUGAGCCUAGUAAAAUGUGAAGCAUUAAAGAGAAAGCUGAUGCUGAGGAGAUCUGUCAAUGAGUUGGUGGAUCGAGGCAUCUACCCACCAUUAAAGACCCCCCCAGCAUUUGCAGAAAAGACUAAACAGCUGGAGCGUGCUAAAACUGGUGAUUUGUUGAGGCACAAAAUUCAGCAUCGACCAGACAGGCAGGCACUUGUACAGCAACAUAUCUUGGAAGAUACUACCAUUGAUCCAUCAUUACAUGAAAGGCAAAGGCUUUUGAAGCGUUCUCGCUUACUGGAUGGCCUCAAUGACAAAUUAGCACACAGACCUGGGCCCUUAGAGUUAGUUCAAGGCAAUAUACUUCAGCCAUCUAAUGAGCUGGCCAAUGCUAUCAAAGAUGGAACUAUCCAGUUUAUUCCCACAUGUGACACUGAAGAUAUGGAUCAGUCAGGAUCAUCUUACACCUUUGAUGAAGAAAGUGUCGGGAGUGAUGGAGCACCAUCACCACAAAUGGAUGAAUCUUCUGGGUUGUCUGAUGUCAGCAGCCCCAGUUCAACAACACCCAUUACCACUGCAGAGUCCUUUCCUAUUUCUUUCACCUUUUCUAAGAGCAUUGCCAUCCCUGUCACUAUUAGCAAAGGACAGCAGAUUCCACUGGUGCCAUCUAGCACAUCUCUUGCAGCAAUGGCAUUGUCCAAGCAGCCAGUGGCUGUCACAACUGUGGCCAACAUCAAUUCUCACUCCAACAGUGGAAAGCCUCGUUCAAAAAAGCUCAAGCCAAAAGCGACUUCAAAAGCUAGAAUAAUAAAAUUCCAUGAGUAUAAAGGUCCCCCAUCAGUUGUAAAGAACCAGUCCACCACAUCCUCCACCCCAGCACCCACUUUCACUACCAACAGCAACACCAACAACAACAACAAUCCCACAACAGAAGAUACACCCUACCAUAUUAUGUUGCAGCAGCAGCAGCUCUUCCUUCAGUGGCAGCUGGAGUUUCAGCAAAAGCAACAGCAACAGGGUUCUGCUGUCAGCCCAGGCAUACCCACCUCAAGUAUGGGUGAUGCCUCCUCCAACCAGUCAAAUGUCACUUCACCUGUGAUCUCAAGCACAUGUACCUCCCCUUCUUUCAUCCAACCCUUGUCUGUAGGCAGUAACCUUGUUUCCACUGUCUCACUCCAGCAGCCUCAGGUUCAACCCUCUGGUUCUCAAGCUUUGCUUAACCAACAGCCAGGGCAACUUGUCACUCAUAUCUCCCAGACUCCCCCUAUUCCUCCUCCACCACCACCACUUCCCCCGUCUAGACCUACCCAGUCUGUAGCCCCUAGAACAGCCGCAAAGGCAUUGACUGCCAUACCAGCCAAUGCUUUAAGCUUACCCAAACUAACUGGGAACCUGGAGGAAAUGAAAGUUGCAGACCUUAAAGCAGAACUCAAGAAACGCAGUCUACCUGUAUCCGGUCCAAAACCUCAACUUAUUGAGCGAUUGAAGCCUUUCACUGAGAGUGUGGGCUCAAAUAACUUACUGGUUCCUUCAGCAACAGUUUCAAAGACUAGUACUCCACUCCCUCCUUCACGGGUAUCCACACCACUUCAGUUUAGCCAGACCAGCUUUCAGAUCAAGCAAGAACCUAAUGGAGAUUCUAAUGCCACCUCAAUUAUAAGACCCAUUCCUUCCACCACAUCUACACCAGUGUACCUGACCUCUGGAUCAACACUCCAGAGCUCCAACAUGCCCAUCCAUUUACCAUUAACAACCUUAGGUCUUAAGACUGUUGUUAGUGUCAAGCCAAUGAUUAAAGAAGAGCCUAUGGCUACAACUGAUAUAUCCCCACCAAACUCUCCCCAAAGUUAUGUGAGUGCUGGUCAGUGUCCUCGCACUCCCAUGACACCAGAUUACGACAGCACAUCACCUCCACCUGUAACAUCCAAGAUGUCUCCGCAAGUGACACAAAGCCUCUUGAAAUCUUCUGCCAACCAACUAGUACUAAAUACUUGUCACACUGUCAUGGCACCUGGACAGACUGUGGUCUCCAUGAGCACUGACCACACACAGCCCAGCUCUGUAGUACCAGCAGAGAUGAUGCCAAUGGAAGUGGACUCUGUCUCUGUAGACCUAAACCAGGGGGUGGAUGACACUGCUUUCAAGGCGGCCAGCCUCGGACACAGUUUAGAUUCUGUUAACUUCAAAACUUUAAUCCAACCCAUGAGCAAUAGCAACUUCAAAACAAUUAGCCUGAGUCAAAAUUCACUUGACACAAAUCCUAUAAAGAUCAACACAAAUUUUCUGGACACAAGUAGUAUCAAAACUGUCAACCUAAGUUCCAACUAUGAAACCAACAACACCAUCAAGAGUGUCAGUCUAAGUCCAAACACAGAAGCUGGAACUGUUAAGGCUGUCAACUUAGGUUGCAGUCCUGAUAGCAUGUCCUCUCUGAAGACACUGAAUCUUAGCCCCAACACUGAUUUAACUGGUUUUAAAACUAUAGGACCUAAUUCCUCCAGUGACAGUAAUUCUUUACUGAAGACAGUAAAGGUUCCUUUGUCGCAACUAUCACCAACUCAUCUCUCUCCUGUCCAGCUUACUGCACCACUAACACAGACACUGACAUCACAAGCCUCUCUGAUUCAACUACAGCAGCUGCAACAGCUACAGACAUUGCAGCAGCUACUCCAGCAGACACAAGCUCAGCAACAGCUCCAACAGCAGGCCCUACAACAGCAGAACUCUGUGGCUUUGACCACCAAUGACCAUGUGGUCUUAGCCCAGGCCAAGCAGAUUGAAGAGCUUCAGAGGCAACUGCAGGAGUCCCAUUUGAAACUCAAGCUUCAACAGCUACAACAGCAGCAAAUGCAGCUGCAACAACAGCAACAGCAGAUGUGGCAAGUGCGUAUACCAUCCAACUUUCCUCAGAAUUCCUUGCUAACCAAGCUAAGCCAAGAGCAACUGACAAUCCCACAGCAAAUAAGUCAGGUGUUGGCUGGGCCUGUCCAGCUUCAGAAUUCACUGGCUGCCCAGCAGACAAUGGCUAGUGUUGUGCAGCAUCAACAGCAGCAACAACAGCAACAGCCAACUACAUCUAUAUUUUUAAAUGGUCACAGUCUACAACAAACCCCACUCAUCAUGUCAGGAAUGCAACAGCAGAAACAGCAACAGCAGACAUCAGUUACUGUUAGCAAUUCCUCCAAUGUCAGCACAGCAUCCAAUAGCCUCAACCUGAACAGUCUUUCCACUGUUACCAGCGAAAGCAAUUUGAUAAGUAUGGUUACCAGUGCAAACGGUCAGCCGGCUGUUUCUCUUCCUUAUGCCAUUCAUAUCAAUCUUACCAGCUCUGGUCAAAUGAAGCUUCCUCCGCAGCUGCAGCCCAUUACUACCUCAACUGCGUCAGCUGUGACAGCAGUCAAAUCCCCCACUUUGCCCUCCCUUCAGCUGCCUGCUCAGUUACUACUUAAUGCUCAUUCCCAGAGUUUGCUGAAUGCUCAGCCGAUCAAACCAGAGCCUGUGUUGAAUGCUCAGCCAAUCAAACCAGAGCCCUCACAAAGUACUCAGCCUAUCAAAACAGAGCACAUGCAGAGUGCUCAGUCAAUCAAAACAGAGCCUGGGAUUGCUCAAACAAUGGGUCCUCCUGCUACCACGACUGUACCAAAGUCUCAGAUAAGUAGCAUUCAACCUUUUUUGAUGAAUCCUGUUUCUAAUGCUUUGAUCACUAGUCACACCAAUGGUAUUAUCACAAGAACUGCCUCACUUCCAUCAACUCCUCUGGUUAGUGAACAAGCACAGAAGCAGACAGCCAUACAAAGGUGUACAUCAAAUCCUUUCUUCAAUGGCCCUUUCAAGGAACCUCCUCGCUACGAUGAGGCAAUCAAGAUUAAACAACAGCAAACAGCACCAUCUCUUGGCACAAAUAUGAACAGCAACAAAGUCACUCUAGGAUCCAACAGUACAAUUUCUGUGGGUGGUUCUCAUAAUAAACCAUUGGGUUUGAAGCAGACACAAACUGAUGUUAAAUCUCAGACCAUGGAUGAUGUAUUAGAGAUUCUCAUUCGUAAUGGAGAUUUACCUCCCAGUGCUGCUACUGAACCUCUACCUACACCUAAACUGAACACAACAGUUACCCAGCCAACUGUUUCUACCAGCUCAUCCUCAUUCACCAGUUUGUCUGUGACGACUUGCACAUCUCCUGUCAGCCACAGCUCACUGGCUCAAUGUCACUCUCCAUUCACAUCUGCUGGCAGCAUGCAACCUCACAGCAGCCAGCAACUAAGCAAUCAGCACAACUCCAGCAGCCCCAGGGACCAGACUCUGGCCUCUGUCCACACUGGCAUGUACGACUCUUUCCUGAAUGACAACUGCAACACCUCCCCUUCUAAUGGGGACAUGGGGCCUGUCUCCUCUUUGACCUCGCAGUCAGACAAUGGGGAGCUAUUAGACUGGGGAGAGAUGUUGCCUUCCCCUGACCUCUCCAAUAUGGACUGGUCAUCAGAACCUGGCUUCAGUCAUAUUGACCUUGGAGACUCUAGCCUUAACCUUGAGACCAAAUCUGCAGAAAAUAUACAGGGCAACACUGAUCCUAAUUCAGGGGCACUGAUUGACCAUUUUUCUCCAUCCUACAGGUCAGAGACUUUAGACUCUCGAUACAAUUUCCUUCUAGGCAUGGAGCAUUUCUCCCCUCCAUAUAAAUCGAACCCUCAAUUGGACAGCGACAUGAUCACCAGUGGCAAUAGUAAUGGACUUCACACACCUAGCAGGCAUGGCUCUGAACCAGAUUUAACUGUCCUUGGGCUGGGUGGGGAUUCAAGUGACACAGUUGACCCAUCAAGCCAAAUGGACAUGUCAGACUGGCUAGAUGUGAUCAUGCCCAAUGCUGGUCUGCCUGUCAACCACAUUAUGCCUGCAGUGUCAAAUGUUUCCUUUACAGCUGACCCCAUCCUGACCCCGAGAUCACAACAGGAUGUGUUUGACAUCUUUAACUUUGACGAUUCAGAUUUCACACCCUCUAUGAUUGGGAUAAAUUAGACUACAGCCAUUGAUUGCACUAACAUGUGAGGUACUUUGUGUAUGUGUUCAUUCAUUAGGAGAAAGGUAAGGAGCCAUUUCUAAAAGGAAUUGCUGAAGAAGAGAAAUGAAAGGUCAUUUCUGAAUGGAAUUGCUGAGAAAAGAAAAAAAAAGACAACUCAAUAGUUACUAAUGUCCUAAUUGUGAACUGUUUCAUUCAGCCACUAAUCUUGAUGCUUUUCUAUAUGUAUUAUAGUGUAAACAAACACUGCUUACGCUCCUCUAGAUAACAUUUUGUUGGAGAUAGUAGACUACAUAUCAAAGAAAUAUUUAUUUAUAUUAAAACAAAAUGCUGUAAUUAAAUUUGGGCCAUUGCCAAGGUCUACCCUGCAUGCUUUGAAUGUGUCUCUAACAUCUGCAUAGUUUCACUAAUGGGGCUCAGUGUGUAUUGAGAUGUUUCCUUCCUAGAGCCAACAUGAGGAAACUAGCAUUGCAGAAUGAGUUCUUUUUGUUUUCUAAUGUGUGCUGCUUGUUCAGCCCACCCCAUGUAUCCUCCCAUUUGAUCAUCUUGUCUGUGAUUUCCUCAAUCGGACCAAGUGCCUAAGUUUCUGUGGUAUUAAAUAAACAAAAAUAAAUGAAAGGAUCAAAUUUUGCUCCUGUGUAUUAAUAUCAUUUGAUUUCUAUGUUUUUUGGUGUUGUUACUUCUGCUGAUCUUGAAUGUUAUUACUCAUGACUUGAACAGAACGCCUGAACUUGUUAUGAAAUACUGUUGUUUGGUAAAGCUCAUGGGAGCCACAGUUUGUUUUCUUGUUGCUACUAUUUCAUUUUUUUAAUGACUUAUGUGUGUGUGAUUACUUUCUCAAAUAGAAUUACACUUGCUUAAAGCAGUUUUUUUUGUGUGGAAGGUUGUGUGUAGUACAAAUAUGUGUGUGUGUGUGCAUGUUUCCUACUUUGCUGUGAUGUUUGUUAUUGGUAAAAGAGUCUAUAAAGUUUUCAGAUGUAUUCUAUUAAAAUUGUUGUGUUUUUUUUUUACAAUGAAGUGAUAAUUAGAACAUCUAUGAGAUUGAUUUGGUACCUCAUAUCAUACAUGUGUUUGAUUCAGUUCACCAGGUAGACAAAGACAUAGUUUUAUAUAAAUUAAGAUUAUUUUGUUUUGACUUGUAUGUACAUUGUCAUUCAAUCUAUUGUGUGCAUAGAGAUUACAUCAUGAGUAUAUAGGCUUAAAAACAUUUUUUUUUCAAAUGUGUCAUAUCCAUUCAAACUACUUAUUAAGUUAUUCAUCUUUACAUAUUAACAUAGCAACAGAAAAAAAAUUAUUUAUAUUUUGUUGUCAUUUAUGGCUUGUUUUCAUACUUUAAACAAAAUAAUCUAUGAUAAUUAUUAUGGGAAGAUAAAAAAAACACAAUGUAAUUGUUAACUUUGCGAUUAGACUGUUGUUUGACCAAUAUUGACCAAAGAGUGAAAGGUGUACCUUGCUCUGUUAUUCUUAAAUCUAUAUUGUUGUUGACAGUAUUAUACUGAAGAUGUUUGCAUUCUACUCAAGUUAGCAUAAUCUUUACCCAUAGAGAUGGCUGUGACUACUUGAUAGUUAUGGAAAGAAGGGCCCUAGAUCACUAGAUUGAUAUUUGUUGCAAAGAGUAACUAUUAUAUAUAUAUUUUUUAUUGACUACAUUUUUUAAACACCAAAAAAAUAGAUUUAAUGUUAAUUCUGCAGAUUAGUUAAGAGAGGAUACCUUUAUAUAUUUAAUAUUUUUUUCCAACUGAUCUAUAGAAAGGUGCAAAUGUAAUGAAACAGUUGUCUUCUACUGGUUAGGUGUGUUGUGUGAAAAUAUUGUAACAUUGAGAAUUGUUCCAUUUGUUUUUUCUGUUCAUAAAGUAGUUGUUUAUUUUUCUUAAUUAUCUAUAUUUUCCUAGUCUACUGAGCAUUUCACUUUGUUUUGAGAUUUGGAUUUUUUAUGUUGAGGCUUAUAGAAAGUAUGUGAUGAAGACUGUCUAGGCCUGAACAUUCUACUAUAGAUCAUGACAAGAGGGUCACUGCCCUAUCAGUAACUAUUUUACUUUGUUCAAGUCAAACUGUUGGUGACCCCAUUGUGGGAAAGAAGACAAAGUUGUUUCCGAUUUGCAUUUAGCCUGUCCUUUACUUGUCAAAGUCUGAAUCAACAAGGAAAGCCCUUGCUCUUGAUCCAUUGGAAACAAACAUGCCUCCGAACCGCAGGGGUUUUUAGCCAAGAUUUUAACAAAAAGAAUUGUGCCAUUGAGUGGUCACUUGAUGAUGAUUUAGAUAAUAUGAACAAAAUAUUGGAGAUGAAAAUGUCAUCCAUAAAUAAAAGAUUCUUCCACUCACACAAGUCAUCUUAUCAUCCUUGGUGUGAAAUCUUAAUAUAAGCUGUGUUUUUCUAGGUAUAUUCUUUAGUUUUAAUUCAUAAUAAAUUCAGAGUGCAUUUUGCCAAUCGAUUUAUUUUUUACAAUGUUAAAUUUUUUUAUAAAAUCAGAUUGUUUAUACCCUUUUGCUUUAUUCUUUAAUUGUAUCCUACCUAAAACAAUUAACAAAGACAAAUGAGACUUUCAAGUCUUUUGAUCUAUGUGGAUAUUGCGUUAUGAUACCUAGUUUGCUAAAAUAUCUAAAUGUGCUAGAAUAUAUGAGAAUUGUGCUAGAAUUUGUUUGUAUUUUUUACUACAAGAAGAAUAAUGAAAGACUGAUCAAAAAGAUGUGUCUGUUGUUUGUAACGUGUGUGUUGCUGGACUUGCUGUAUAAUAAGCUUGUGUUUGAACUGUAUAUAGAAUUAGCCAACUAUUUAUCUACACUCUUAAUCUGUGUUUCAUUUGUUCCACUUUGCAUGGGCUUGAUGUGCCUUUAUUUGGGUCCACUAAUCCUUCUUUAUUGGUAUCAUUAUAUUCAAUUUGGUGGAGAUUUUUCUGUUCCAGUUCCUUAUUAAUAUAUUAGUCAUUUGUCCUUAAUUUUAUAUAAUAUCUAAUCUUAUUCAUCAGUAUAGCCUGUUUAACUUAUUCUGCAGAUUUCUUGUAAUUUUUUUUUUAUCUUAAACUAUGCAUUCCAGUUUUCUCUGCUAAGGGCCAUCCUCUAAAGUUUAACCAAUUUCCAAAACAAUGAACUCUAAUAAAAACACAAUUGUUAUUUGGACAAGCACUUGUCUUGUGAUGAUUUCAAAGAUAUAUGUGACAUCCACAAGCCCUGAUCUGAAAACUGUUGCUUAACACCAGAGGCUUUGAGACUUUGUGAAUGUGGAAACAACAGGGACCACCAAAAACUAUGACCAAAUUUACAGGGCUGUUUGCUAAGUACUUAGUGAACUUUUUGUUUUUGUUUUGUUUGCACCCUCCCCCCCCCCCCAACCAUCACUCCCUCUUUCCACUCUAAUCUUUACAGAACAUUGACCAUUGUGGCUUGUGACCAACAGAAAAUAGAUUUAUGUACUGAUUAAGUUUACAGUAACCCUGUUUAAAUUACCAGCAUAGUAGAAGCCUUGUAUUAAUGUUAAUUUCAAUACUUCUGGUAAAUGAACUUUUUGUUUUUAAACAGAAAUAAUGUAAUGUUUAGUUUAAGUAGAAAUAAUUAUUUAGGACAUAUUCAAGCCCAUGUGAUGUAUGGUUAGAGAAUGAUUAUGUAGCUCAAUGGGUAAUCAAAUUAAUAGUCGUUCCAUGACAAUGAAGGGCAAUGGUUAAGAACAUUCCCCUGCAGAAUUGCCUUUAGAUCUAGCAGCCCUCUAGAAUUUUAAGAUCCAUUUUAUUUAUUUUUCUUCUUUGAUCACCUGUAGGUGUUAUUGAAUGAACAGUAACAAACCAGCCUGUCUUUUCCUCCACACUAUUUAUUCUUGAAUUUCUUUUGAGCAUCCUAAACCUCAAAGGACACUUUUGUUUGCAUCUCAGCAUUGCGCAGUGGCAACAUAAUAGAAAAUUUAAUUUAUUGUGUGCCGCCACAGAAAGAUUGAUAGUGAAAUGAAAAACAAACAGGUACAUGGGGAUUUCUGGCUAUGAAGACAUAGUGCAUGUACACUAUUGUUGGGACAUGAUGUACAUGGUUGCUUUCAUGUCAGUUAAGUAACACUCUUGCUGCAGUCACCUCCUGCAGGAGGUUUGCAUGUGUAGUCAUUAUCUUUUUGGAAGCAGUUCAUUAGUAGAAGAAAGCACCCAUAUAUUGGACUAGGACCAGUUGUCUUGUUUCAAUGUUAAUCUUUCUGUACCUGGUAACACUGAUAUACUUAAUGCAUUCCCACAAUUCUAUUUAUUAGAACAUUUAAGAAAUUUUAUUUUAUGCCUUCUCCCAUAAUUUGAUCAGAGUACACAUUGGACUUAUUGUGUUGAGAAGGCUUAAGUUAUUUUAUUUUUUUUUUGCUGCCAUGAAAUUUACUGAAUGGAAAGUAUCCAAUUUUUUUUUUUGUGUUAAAUUUCAACUCAAUGUAUAGGCCAAUUGAUUUUCAUUCCUAGUUCUUCCUCCAUCACCUUACUCACUGUUCUAUAGGACCUCAGUUUGGCUUGUUCAUGUAAUCUUCUAGUUCCUGUUGGACUCCCUUGUAGAGUUAACAGCUUGCUGUGUUAACACUCUGGUGUGUGUGCGUGUUCCUUUUUGGUUGUUUUAUUUUUUUGUCAAGUGUUGGAACACUAAUCUCUUUCUAGUCUUAGAUUGUGACAUUAGUGAGAUGUGUUGACCUAAUUAGCAUCAUUGAUGACAUUCUCAACAGUAUUUCAUCCCACUGGACAUUGCUUUGUCAUUGAAAAUCAUUUUUAUUCUGUCAUUAAUUUAAUACCAACUGAUGUUAGGAGUGUUCAGUCUCAUCUCUAUUCACAUCAAAUUAUUACAUUGACAUACAUCUGAGUUUGUAUAGAACCAACUAGUUGCUGGGGUAGUUUUUAUAAAGAUUUUAUAAAUUGUUUACCAUAAAUUAUUUUCACUAACAUAUAUGAACACAUUAAAGACUGAUGUCAAAAACUGAUCAAUAGUAUAAUAGUUUUAUAAAAUAUCUAUCUUGGUUAAAUUUCUGUUAGGUUGUUUUUUUUUUUUUUUUGUAUGUGAUAGACUAGCCUAGUAUGUCAGCUUCACCUAAUAAAUGGACUAAAUCCAUAUUGAGGUUUUAAAUAGCAAAUGAUUGGCUGUGUUCUAAACUUAAAAGUUUAGAAGAGAAGAUUUUCUCUUUGAUUAAGGAUGCUUGUAACAGUAGGUGAUGCCCGCCUGUCUCACAGAAGAUACUACAUUUUUUUUAUUUUUUUUUUAUAUUUUUUGUAUAGAAAAUGCCAUCUGCCAAUAAAGGAAAAAUAAGCAUUUUUGGGGGGAUUGAUGUAAUUUAUUUUUAAUGCACAUCUAAGUAGAUACUUUUUCUUUUUUAAGACAUAGAUUGUUAAUAUAUUCAACACACAGUUUUAAUUAUUAAUAAUAAUGCUUCAAGAUUUCAUACCUGAUAUUUCAAGAUACCACCAUGUGACAUGGAUACAAUUAGAAACUGGCUAUCUGACACAUCAAAAACAAAAAAAAAGAAAAGUCUGAUACAUGUUGUAUCUUCACCUGUCUGUCUGUUGAGUUUGUUUUUAGCUGGGGAUAGGUUUCUACAGUUGGGUCAUGUCUUGUCAAAUACUUUGAAACUGAUCUUUUUGUUUAUUUGAUCUAUGUACAUGAACAUUGAACAGAUUGAGAUUUUGACACUGUUGAAAAGUAAAUUUUAUAAAGGCUAUUUUCUUUUGUCUAACAUUCUUUCAUGUUCUGUUGUUUCUUGUUCAAAACUUAAUAUAAACUGCACUUCCUAACAACACACAAAUUUAAGGAGGGAUUUUUUUUUUAAUUGUUCACACUCAAAAUAUGCAAUAUUUUUUUUUCAAGUAAUAUUUUAUGCUGCAAGAAAAUGAACCUGGUGUACUUCAAGCUCAAAACUUGUGUCUGUAUCAACUCUUGUAUAUAGUUGACUCUUUACUCUGUCUUAAUUACAAUGUACCAUACAAUACUUGUGUAUAUGUUAUGAUAGUUAAAUGGAAACAUUGAAACACACACUUUCAACUGGUGGGGAGCUUGCACCCUUUGAUUUAGUUAUAUAGCUAUAGACUUUACCUUUCUUUUCAUUCAUUUCUAUUUGGUUUAGCCAUUUAGUUUAUUUGCUAUUUUUAAUUAUUUACAUUUGGCACAUCUAUUAGGCCAUGUUUAGCAUUUAUUAGACAUUUUGACUCAAGAUUUGUUGUCUUUUAUUUAGUCUGAACUUCAAGUGAUUGUUUUCAAGGAGAGGUAUGAUUGAUCAGAGAUAAUUAACUUCAAUUCUUUCAACUAGAGAGUAGAUUUGUGUUGCCUUUCAUAAUAGUAUUUAUUUCAUGUAUUUUGUAAUCAUUCAUUAAUCAAACCUCUCUUUAUGUAUUACUAGAUCUAUACUCAUCCAAUCAAACCAUUUAUGUCCAGUCUCCAUAUGAUGUUCUGGCUUGCUAAAUGUGUUGGUCUGAGCAGACUUUCAAAUGUAUGGCAAUAGCAUUUCAUCCCAGAGUGCAAUUGUACUGUGACAUCUUGCUGGUGGUCAGGAAUCGCCCUCACACAAGAUGGUCCUGGCAUACCUGCAGGCCUACAUGUUGGACACACCUGCAGGCCUACAUGUUGGACACACCUGCAGACCUACAUGUUGGACACACCUGCAGGCCUACAUGUUGGACACACCUGCAGGCCUACAUGUUGGACACACCUGCAGGCCUACAUGUUGGGCACACUGCUGUCUGAAGGAGUGCAUGAUGACGCUUUGUGGUUUUGAAUGAUUGUUGAAGGCUGUGCCAUUUUGGAUGAUUGUGUUCUAUACUGUUUGAAGAAUGAUUGUUUGAUGCCUUGCAGUUUGAAUGCCGUGUGAUGCUCGCCCUUAUCAAAACCUUACACUAGCCUUAUAUUUUCAAUAAAGCUUUGCUCCAAUU